AUGGUACAACUAAAGGCUCAGGGAGACAGUUGCAGACGAUAUAUAGUGGAAGGAGUCGCCCUCAAUGUGCCUUAUGCAACAGAUAUCAUAUUGGGCUUUGUCAGCAGGGUGUAUCAGGGUGUUAUCAUUGUGGAUAGUCGGAGCAUUUUCGAAGGGAGUACCCGAUGUUACUACAAGGUAGAGAAAUUAUCACCUCAGGGGAGUGGUGUACAAAGCGGAGUGCAAGGUACAUCUCAGUUUUUGGGAGCCUCAUCCAGUAAUAGGCCCCAAACUAAUACGACUAGCAGAAGAGGAAGUCAGCAGAGGGGAUGA